AGGCGAGGGGGGCGGCCCAAGAGGCAGUUGCUGGCGAGUCUGGGAGGCCAAGAAAGCAUUUACCUCUACGGUCGCGUACCUUUGGGAGUCCGUAUUUGCAGCUCUGUUCCCAAGCCCGCCGAUAGCUCCACAGGCUCUUGUGGACGUCCGACCUCGCAGCCCUUCAUCACUCGCCUUGCGGACCAAGCCUCCUGCAUCAUGUGUGGUAUAUUCGCUUACUUAAACUACCAUGUUCCUCGAACAAGAAGAGAAAUCUUGGAGACCCUAAUCAAAGGCCUUCAGAGACUGGAAUACAGAGGAUAUGAUUCUGCUGGUGUGGGAGUGGAUGGAGGGAAUGACAAAGAUUGGGAAGCCAAUGCCUGCAAGAUCCAGCUCAUUAAGAAGAAAGGGAAAGUGAAAGCACUGGAUGAAGAAGUUCACAAACAACAGGAUAUGGACUUGGAUAUCGAAUUUGAUGUGCACCUUGGAAUAGCUCAUACGCGCUGGGCAACACAUGGCGAACCCAAUCCUGUCAAUAGCCACCCCCAGCGCUCCGAUAAAAACAAUGAAUUUAUUGUUAUUCACAAUGGAAUCAUCACCAACUACAAAGACUUGAAAAAGUUUUUGGAAAGCAAAGGCUAUGACUUUGAGUCUGAAACAGACACAGAGACAAUUGCCAAGCUUGUUAAGUACAUGUAUGACAAUCGGGAAAGUCAAGAUACCAGUUUUACUACCUUGGUGGAGAGAGUUAUCCAACAAUUGGAAGGUGCUUUUGCACUUGUAUUUAAAAGUGUUCAUUUUCCUGGCCAAGCUGUUGGCACAAGACGCGGUAGCCCUCUGUUGAUUGGUGUACGAAGUGAACAUAAACUCUCUACUGAUCACAUUCCAAUACUUUAUAGAACAGGCAAAGAUAAGAAAGGAAGCUGCAAUCUCUCGCGUGUGGACAGCACAACUUGCCUUUUCCCUGUUGAAGAAAAAGCAGUGGAGUAUUACUUUGCUUCUGAUGCAAGUGCUGUGAUAGAACACACCAAUCGCGUCAUCUUUCUCGAAGACGAUGAUGUAGCAGCAGUGGUGGAUGGCCGUCUUUCUAUCCAUCGAAUUAAACGAACUGCAGGCGAUCACCCUGGAAGAGCUGUGCAAACCCUCCAGAUGGAACUCCAGCAGAUCAUGAAGGGCAAUUUCAGUUCAUUUAUGCAGAAAGAAAUUUUCGAGCAGCCAGAGUCAGUUGUGAACACAAUGAGAGGAAGAGUCAACUUUGAUGACUAUACUGUGAAUUUGGGAGGUUUGAAGGAUCACAUUAAAGAGAUCCAGCGGUGCCGGCGUCUGAUUCUCAUUGCUUGUGGAACAAGUUAUCAUGCUGGUGUAGCAACACGUCAAGUUCUCGAAGAGCUGACUGAGUUGCCUGUUAUGGUGGAGCUAGCUAGUGAUUUCCUGGAUAGAAACACACCAGUUUUUCGAGAUGACGUUUGCUUUUUUAUAAGUCAGUCAGGUGAGACAGCAGAUACCCUGAUGGGUCUUCGCUACUGUAAGGAGAGAGGAGCUUUAACUGUGGGGAUCACAAACACCGUCGGCAGCUCCAUAUCAAGGGAGACAGACUGUGGGGUCCACAUUAAUGCCGGGCCCGAGAUUGGUGUGGCCAGCACAAAGGCUUACACCAGCCAGUUUGUGUCCCUCGUGAUGUUUGCCCUUAUGAUGUGUGAUGACAGGAUCUCCAUGCAAGAGAGACGCAAAGAGAUCAUGCUUGGGCUGAAGCGGCUGCCUGAUUUGAUUAAGGAAGUGCUGAGCAUGGAUGAUGAAAUUCAGAAACUGGCAACAGAACUUUAUCAUCAGAAGUCAGUUUUGAUAAUGGGACGUGGCUAUCAUUAUGCUACUUGUCUUGAAGGCGCCCUAAAAAUCAAAGAAAUCACUUACAUGCACUCUGAAGGCAUCCUCGCUGGUGAGUUGAAGCAUGGCCCUCUGGCUUUGGUGGAUAAGUUGAUGCCUGUCAUCAUGAUCAUCAUGAGGGAUCACACUUAUGCCAAGUGUCAGAAUGCCCUUCAGCAGGUGGUUGCUAGGCAGGGACGCCCAGUGGUGAUUUGUGAUAAGGAAGACACCGAGACCAUUAAGAACACAAAAAGGACAAUCAAGGUGCCCCACUCAGUGGACUGUUUGCAGGGCAUUCUCAGUGUGAUCCCCUUGCAGUUGCUGGCUUUCCACCUUGCUGUGCUGCGAGGCUACGAUGUUGAUUUUCCCCGGAAUCUUGCUAAAUCUGUAACAGUAGAAUGAGGAGCAUCUGAAACUGUGGGCGAUAAAGCAACACAAGACACCUUUUGUAUUUAAAACCUUGAUUUAAAAUAUCACUCCUUUAAACCUUUUUUAGUAAAUCCUUAUUUAUAUAUCAGUUAUAAUUAUGCAAUUCAAUCUGUGAUUUUUGUGAAAUUACCUCAUUUUUCCAGUAAUUUGUGGGGGAGUUUGAAAAAUGGAAUCUGCAUUCAAAUCAACAUCAGAAACAGACUUAGCUCCCAUUUUCUUUAAAGGAUGCCGGGUGUUGGAUCUCUGGACCCUCUCCUUCAGUCUGAGAGGACUGUGUGUUUUAAAAGUAAUUGGCGGUUAUUGGAAGAUCUAAAGCCAGUGGCAACGUAGGUGCACAUUUGUUUAAGGUUUUGCUAAGUUAUGUAUAAAGAGAAGAUGCUGUGAUUUAUUUUCAGAUUUGUUUGUGUACUUAAAAACUAAAAGCUUUUCUUGGUAGGAUUUCUACCUUAGUUAACUUUAGUCUCUCAAAUUUGUUGUUUGUUAUCUGUAGGUCAAAGUAGUUUAGGAAGCUAAAUAGUAUAGUAGUGUGUUGGUUUUCUCCAGCCCUUAACAGAAAAUAUUUGUAUAAUUUCAUAGCACAAACUUUAAGUUUGAGCUGCUUCGGACAACUGACAACAUGAUCUUAAAUUUGAAGGUGGAAUGUAUACAUAUUGGAUAUCCAACUCUGUGUUUUUAUAUCCUAUACGUGGUUUUUAUUUCCUUGAAUUUGUAGUUUUUUAAAAAGCAAUCUGCUGAAUAACCUUCUAUCUUGUUCUUUGAAAUUACCACAGAGAGUUAUCAUCAAAUGUCUCAAAUUAAAUCAAUAUUGUUACAGUCAGAAUUCUCUUCACUUUUGUUCCAAAAAAUUUCCUGGAGUUAAUUUAACUCCCCUUCACUGCCUUGUAUAAAACUAUUAUCUUCAUGUGAGUUUAGAAACUCUUUAAUAUUGUUUGAAAGAUUUGCAAGUCUUUUGAGUAAUCAUUUGACUCCUUACGGUGGGCUAGGCUUAGAAAAAGGUAUAUGCUUUACACUGAAAUUAAUGAAGGAUUGCAUCAAAUUCAGUACAGACAUACCUUGGGAAUAUUGCAGGCUUGGUUCCAGACCACCGUAAUAAAGUAACAGAGCAAGUCGUAAUCUUUUUGCUGAUGGAGGGUCUCACCUUCAGUUUGUAAAAAACGCAACAUCUUUGAAGCACAAUAAAGUGAAGCACAUUAAAAUGA